AUGGCUCCUGUUGUUACUGCUCCCGUUGACCCUAAUGCUCCUGUCGAAAAGAAACCUAUUUCAUUCAAGAACUUGCUUUUAGGUGCAUCACUCAAUCUAUUCGAAGUAUCCACGUUGGGUCAACCAUUCGAAGUCAUCAAGACACAACUUGCUGCUAAUCGCGGACAAUCCUUAAAGACAGCCUUGUCUACUAUUUACAGUCGUGGUGGCGUCUUUGGAUUUUAUCAAGGUCUCAUCCCUUGGGCCUGGAUUGAAGCUUCUACUAAGGGUGCAGUAUUGUUGUUCACUGCCUCCGAGUUUGAAUACCUUGCACGAUCAGCUGGUGCAUCUCCGUUUCUUGGAGGUAUUGCUGGCGGUAUGGGCGGUGGUAUUGCGCAAGCAUAUACAACGAUGGGAUUUUGUACAUUUAUGAAAACAGUUGAGGUGACACGUCAUAAAUCCGGUGCCAAGGAAUCAACAUUUAAAAUUGCUGCAGAUAUAUUUAAAAAAGAAGGUAUUGCAGGUAUCAAUAAAGGUGUGAAUGCUGUGGCUGUUCGUCAAUGUACCAACUGGGCAUCACGAUUUGGUAUCACUCGUUUCACACAAGAGUCGAUCAUCAAGAUGCGUUAUGGAGAGGCACCUGAUGCUCAUACGCGUGCAACAGCAAUUGACAAAGCCCUUGCAUCUAUUGUGGGUGGUGCAUUAUCUUGCUGGAAUCAACCUAUUGAAGUAAUCCGAGUUGAAAUGCAGAGUCAAGUCAAGGCAGCUGAUAGACCUGAAAGGAUGACAAUUGCCAGUACAACCAGAUACAUUUACCAACACAAUGGUAUCAAGGGCUUCUAUCGUGGUGUUUUACCCCGUGUCGGUCUUGGUAUGUGGCAAACACUUUGUAUGGUAGCAUUAGGUGAUUACUUCCGUGCUUUCUUUGGUACAAAAUAG